AAGUGGUAUUUAAUUCAGUACUGCAGCUACUCUUGUUGAUAUAAUACUACAAACAUUCUAAAACUUAAAUAAAAAUCAUAAUGACUGUGCAUGAAGUGGAAGAGUCAGUGGAACACAUAGAUGAACAGUUAGUACUUCAAAAAGCAGAACUUGUCAGUAAUCAAGAAGAAAUAGACGACAAAGGAGACGAAGAACACGAGCAAGAAGGGGAAGAUGACGAUGAUGAGCCUGAUGAAUGGGAUCAACGAAUUAUAAAGACUGGAUGUGACCAAGAAAACUUAAAGUUGCAAUUAUGCCAUGCUGAUACUGGAGACUGGAGACAAUGCAUUAAGGAAAUGGAAGAUUUCAGAAAAUGUUGGGAUAAGAAUAAUAACAACCAACGAACUUCAACUGUUGAUAAUGACAAUGUGGAUUUUUAGACAGUUGCCGUGUGUAUUUUGACAUUACUUGUAAAUAUUAAAAAUUAAUGAACAAUUGUGCAUCGACAAGAUCAAAUCUUAACAGAACAAGAAACUCUAUCUUUAGGGACAAGCAAAAGUAAAGUUGAACAAAAACAUUUUCACCCUUCAUGAAUCCCUUGCUAUAAUUAAGGGGGGCAACGGAGCACUGUCACGGUUGUCUUUUCAGGUGAUAUCAAAUUCAAAUAGGGAAUACUAAAGUUUCUAAAAAUAUUGCUCUUACUCGGUAAAAUGUGACAACUCAUUAGAGCUCUUACAGACAAUUUCAAGCCACUAGAUAUUGCAGUCUAUUCAUUUCUUCGCGACGCCACAGAAUAAACUAAUCUUAGAAUUAUGUAAUCGCCUUCCACAGGUACGGACAUACGUACAGAGCACAAAAGAGUCAACCAGUGAUAAAUCUUGAUUGUAUAAAACAUCCUGAUCGUGCAAUACUUCUCCGAAGAAC